GGUGCGGAAGAGAUCGGGAAGGUGUUGUUCAGCUACGAGUCCAGGAUUCUCACCCCCGGAGGCAGUGCCAUUUCGCCCGGGGGCGCGGGGCCACCCGCGAGCCCAUCGCCGGGGCACUAUCAUCCUCCUGCGCACAGUCCGCCCCUGGUCAAGAUUGGCGCGGUUCACGCCCACCAACCGAACAAUAACCACCACCAGCACCAUCAGCAGCAACAGCAGCAACAGCAACAACAGCCGUCGAGUCAACCGCAGGUGCCGGGUGCUGGCGCGGGAGGGGCCGGCGGGCCGGGGGGCGGCGUGGCCAGGGCCGGAGGCAUGUUCUGCUACCACUGCCCCCCGGGCCUCCCAGCGCCGCGAUUACCGCCAUCCCUGGAGUAUCCUUUCGCCCCGACUCACCCCUAUACUAGUUACUCCGCCUAUCACCCAGCGCUGCACGGAGUUGGCGAGGAUUCCUUCGUGCGGAGGAAGCAGCGUCGAAACAGGACAACUUUCACCCUUCAGCAACUGGAGGAACUCGAGUCCGCCUUUGCGCAAACUCAUUACCCGGACGUCUUUACGAGGGAAGAUCUGGCCAUGAAAAUUAAUCUCACGGAGGCUAGAGUGCAGGUGUGGUUCCAAAAUCGGCGGGCGAAAUGGCGUAAGAGCGAACGACUGAAGGAGGAGCAACGCAAACGCGAGGGUGGAAACAGCGGUGGUGGCAGUAGCGGCGGCGGUGGUAACGUGGAAUCCUCCGCUUUGGCCGCACCAACGUCUUCAUCGGCGGGCCCAAGUCCCACGGGAAAUGACCCGGAGGGAACUACGACGAGCAGCAGCGCCGCCGACACGGAGGAUCCGCCGCCAUCGAGCACCGUGGGGGGCCUCGGACCACCCGCUGAGAGUACCACGGGGAUAGGCGCAGGCUUCAGGCCGGUGGAACCGCCAACGUCCCUUUUCUUCUCGCCUCAUCUGACGACGCCAUCGUUAUGGACCACCGGCGACCAGCAUCGGCCGAGCAGCCUUCAGGAAAUGUUAUCUUGGUCGCCAACCGGCUGGCCCGGUUCUAUCUGCGGCUGUUGCAAACCCGGCACCGCCGGUACCGGCACUGAUCUCCAUCGAAGUAACAGUCUGGCCGAGCUCCGAAGAAAAGCUCAGGAACACUCGACCGCCUCGGCUCUCCUCGGUGGUCUCGCCGGCUUCCCCGGAGGGCUACCCCUGCCUCUUCCCCUGCCGCUGCUGCCGCCCUUGUUGGGCCUCUCCAGGCGACCGGAGCACCAUCAUCACCACCACCUGCCCGGCGUGGUGCAUCAGAUACAACCCACUACCAAAGAAGAUCCCUAGGAUCGCCUCCACAAAUGCCGGAAUCGUCUCAUAAACGCAAGAUAUAAAUCUCAAAGAGAUAUUCUGCGCGUAUCGGAUGGUUGCAAAG